CGACCACAGGGAGCGGACAUCAGACUCCUCGGGGCUUUUUGGAGCCAAUCUUUGUUCUGUUUUCGUUCUUUCGUGCUUCCUCCACCUGAAACUGCAAACUGGGAAUUUCACGUGAAAGGAUUUGUAUAAAUUCUGAUGAUUUGAUGAUACAUUUCGAAGAUGCUGAGCUGCAGGACGCACAGAGUGUGAUUUUAAACGAGCUGCACUGAGGAGAACAUGAUGGAUACUGCUGGAUGUGUGAAUGUAGAAGAAAAGUUUUCGUUCUUCCACCGGACACCUGUUCUUUAGAAGCCAAACCCAAGAGAAGCUGGACAUCAACUUGACCUCGAUCAGAUUUGAUGGUUUCAUGAGCUUCAUGCUCCAGACGACUUGUUUUCAUAUCCCUUUGAUUUUCCUUUGAUAAGAAACCUCUCUCUCUUUACGGUGACUGCAGGAGCAGAGUCGUCUUGAAUCUGCCUCAUCUUCAUUUCACGCAGGAGUUUAAAGAUCAUUCAAGUCUUAUAAGUUCCUGGUUCGCUCUUUUACUGACACUGUGGUGGUGGCCUGUUCUCCCGAGGGAUGAUUGUGGGCUCCCGAGGCCAGGGAGCGACAGCCCGGCUCCUGCAGUGGACCCCCGCCUCGUCCUGGUGCCUAUGCAGCGGAUCUGAGAGGAGAUGAGAGCCGAGGUUUUCCACCUCCUCGCCGGCUGCCUCUGCCUGUUACGCGCCGCUGCUGAGGAGUCUCCUCUCCCCCGGGAGCUGUUGGAGCGGCUCUCCCGCAGCGACAUCCGCAGCAUCAGCGACCUCCAGCGGCUGCUCGAGUUAGACUCCGUAGAGAACGAGGUGAUCGAGGAGACCAAACACAUCUACCACAAGGACUUCUCCCACAGCUUCCUCGACCUGAAGAGUGCACACACGCACACCAGACACAGGCGGAGCACUGUGGUGGAAGAGGCCUUGCCAGCGGGCUGCAAAGUGCGGACGACGAUCUAUGAGAUCCCCCGGAGCCAGGUGGACCCCACGUCGGCCAACUUCAUCAUCUGGCCGCCCUGCGUGGAGGUGAAACGCUGCACCGGCUGCUGCAACACCAGCAACAUGAGGUGUCAGGCAGCUCGCAAGCACCACCGCACGGUCAAGGUAGCGAAGGUGGAGUAUGUGCGGAAGCGCCCGAAGUUGAGGGAGGUGCAGGUGAAGCUGGAGGAUCAUCUGGACUGUAUGUGCACCAACAAACGCCACAUCAGCCAAAACUCAGACACAGACAACGGCAUCAGGUGAAGAGAGACGGACGAAUGAAGGAGUGGAGAAGAGAAAAAUGGACGCCGGCCUGAAGCAGAAAACAAAGACAAGCACCUUUUGCCUCUAACACCUUCACCACCUGGCAGCAGGGGACUGAACCAUUCCAUGGAAUAUAUAUCCUGAUCUUUCUGGAGGUUUGAUGGAGAAACUCUGAACCUCAACUCGACCUGACAGGACAAAACUGAGAGCAACAAACUGUCUCACACAGAAAGGAAUCACAAACAUGGAGAGAGGGUUUUCCUCGCUUUGAUUCCUCGACGGAGAGAGGAAGAGAUUAGAAACUGAGAACGCGGAGCAACGCAGCCGAAGAGAGGUGGAUUCUGGGAUACCGGAGGACUUAAUGUCUGCGUCUUGAGUAUAAACCGCUCAGUGACUGGGAUUAUAAACUGGGUGGAAUCCUUUUUCUAGAAACAGUGACUGGGAUUAGAUUUUGUACUCAAAGAUUUACAAAACACACACACACACACACACGCACACGCACGCAUAUACACACAAUAUAUCCUCUUAUUUUUAUAACCUCUGAUUUUCUAUGGCUGUCUGUUUCUAUGUUAUCACAUGAUGGAGGGACAAAGAUCCUCCUCACAUGUUACUGAUACUAAUAAACUAUUUAUAUGAAAACACAAA